UCUCUGUGGUCAGAAUAAAUGUUUGCCCGUUCAGUUCUGCCUCUGUUAUAUGCGUCUGUGACUGCUGACCUGAUGGGAAAGAGACACAACAUGAGAUCAAGCACAGGUUUGGUGGAAAUCAUAGGGUUGACAGAGAAAUUUACAUUUAAUCCUAAGGAGGGAAUAGACAACCCAGUGAUGGUCAUCACAGACGACGCAGACUCUGUGUCAACACCCAGCCCACGUCUGUGUGUUCUUAAACGAGAGGAGGGGGAAUCCUAUGGCUUCCAUCUGCGGGUGGAGAGGGGACGUCAGGGCCACAUAAUCAGAAAUGUAGUGUCAGGAGGUGUUGCAGGGCGCAGUGGCCUUCAAGAUGGAGACAGGCUUCUGGAAGUCAACAACUGCUAUGUUGAUGAUGUUCCUCACCCUGAGGUGGCCAGGAAGAUAAAGAUAAGUGGACACCAGUUAUGUUUAUUAGUGUUGGAUGGGGAAGAGUAUGAGCAGGCCGUGUCCCGAGGUCAAGACCUUCGCGGUCGGGCCAGAGCGCACAAGGGAGAGGGCUGCAAACCGCCCAGACUGUGCCACAUCACCAGGGAUCCUGUCUCAGGUCUGGGCAUCAACUUCACACCCGUGGAAGGAGAGAAAGGUCGCUUCUCUGUGAGCCUGGUUACAGGAGGUGCAGCUGAAAAGGCAGGGGUGCAAAAAGGAGAUCGCUUGGUUUGGAUGAACGGAGCAACAGUGUCCGAUCUCACACACUCUGCACUCAGUAGGAUGAUGAAAAAAUGUGGCAAACACAUCACACUCCUAGUGAUUGAUAGCGAGAGUGAAAAGAACUACAUGCGAGAGAGGAUGCCCAUCCUGCCCACCAUUGCUGUUCCACAUAACCUUCCUUAUAGAGCCAGAAAACUCCACCUGGUCUGUGGGCCCGAGGGCUACGGCUUCCUCCUUCGGCUGGAGAAGGCGCCAUCAGGACGCAUAUCUCAUGUUCUGCGUGAGAUGGACAGGGGCAGUCCAGCAGAGAGGGCAGGUAUGCGGGAUGGAGAGCUGCUGCUAGAGGUCAAUGGAGAGUCAGUGGAGUCACUGAAGCAUGAAGAAAUUGUGGACAGAGUGAGACUGAGUGGACAACAGGUCUCCCUCACCAUCAUCAGUCCCCAGGGGCUGGAGUUCUACACCCAGUUGGGUCUAUCACCUCUUCUCUUCUGUGAAGAUGAUGCUGAUGAGAGAGAAAAGGAGAGCAGCACACCAGCCUCUGAGGCAGAGCACACACCACAAAAGGAAACUGAUGGCUCGGGUAAACCCAGACUCUGUUCUAUCCGGAAAGGCCCUUUGGGGUUUGGCUUUAACCUGGGCUGUGUCCCACAGAGUCCUGAGACCUUCAUAAGCCAGGUGGCUUUUGGGGGCUCUGGGCAGAGUGCAGGAUUGCUUGUUGGUGAUGUGGUGAUAGAAGUCAAUGGACAAAAUGUUGAGGAGAAAUGUCUGGAAGAUGUUAUAAUGCUUGUGAAGGAAGGAGGACAAUUCAUUUCCUUACUAGUCAUGGAUAAAACUGGCUACGACAAGUCGAGGCAGACUGACACACCUACCAGAGAUAUCAAUGACAGUGAGCAGGAGGAAGACAAUUAUGAGAUAUCAUGUUUGUGAGCGACAAAGAUACCAUAUACCUGCUGAAGAGACUUCAAAAUGAGCUGAUCAAGAAAACUAACAUCAUCAUUAUUAUUAUUAUAUUAGUCAAGAUUGCCUUAAUCUAAUCCCAGGGUUUCACAAAUGGAUACAAAAGAUGAAACACAUAAAAUAAGCUAAAUGAAACUGUAACAGGGUCAGUUGUACAAAUCAGAAAGAAAUGUUAUAAUGUGUAUUUAUAUUUGGUAUGAAAAUGUAUUUUAGUUCAGUAUUACAGAUCUAGAUAAGAAGAACAUUUAAACAAUUUCCACAUAUGAUCUUAAUAUAAAUGAAUUAAAAAAAAUAAUAAUCACAGAAUAAAUCAAAUACUCCACAGCUUAAAAAAAACUCUUACUGUACUAAUAUGAAUGUAACCCAGUGGCAACAGAAACUUCCAGCAGCAUUUUUUAAAGGAACGAAAUGAGCAGCAGCAAUAUAAAGUACUGAUGAUAAAUGACCACGAUGUUAAUGCUAAUUGUAUUGUUUCAUGUGGGAGUGGGGGGUUAUAUGUAUGUGUUUUUCGUAUUACAUAUAAAACAUUACAUAUAAAUGUUUGUAUUUUUGCAGAGAACGUGUAUGUUUAUUGAGAAUGUAGCUGACAGCAGAUAUAGUAGUGACAGAGCAAAAAAUCUUUGUUUUAUUGUGAAUCCUUUUCAGGUGUAAUCUUACCUGUGUCUGGAUAUUCACCAACUGUUUGCCAUGUUGAACUCCCAAAACAUUCAUAACCUAACACAGAAUACACAAAGCCAUGUGAAAAAUGGAUGAAAGCAUACAAGUUUCUAGACUAAUAUAAGAGUGGUGGUACAUAAUAAGAGUUUUAGCAGAAAAGCCUAGAUUUUCAUGUAACUGAUCUGACCACAUAUAUUAUAAGACUUAAUGACAACAAUAAAUCAUUUGGUGGUGUUGA